CAACAUUGUUGCCCGCAACAGGUUUUUCGAAGAACAGCCUGGAGUAAACGCAAAUCUUAUUAUAAGCUUGAUUUGAACGUUAUGAAAGGAAUUGAUUCGAAGGGAGUAGUGCAGAAAAUUUGUUGAUAAUAAUUUUCGCUCCACUCGCAACCGGUUUCAUUUGUAAAUAUAGUGAACAACGGUCUAAUUUGAUCGAAAAAUGGAUUCUUAUCUCGGAACUUGUCAUGUCAUGUGGCAAAACGUGAAUAAACAUUGGCACACCAUCGUUGGUCUCCUAUAAUAACCUUGUGUCAGACCCAGCUGAAGUUACACUGUGUGCGAAUGUAUUCGUAAGCAUAGAUGACGUACAAACAAUCACGGAUGCAGUUGCGUGGCAAAUCCAGCGUAUAGUGACGGAAGAUAGGCACCAUCAUGAAAGUAAGGCAUCGAGCUGGUGUGGCAGCAUUGCUGUUGGUGGUUCUAAUGGUGCUGCAAAUAAUACCGCCCAGCUCUGCUCAUGGCUGGGGCUCGGAAGAUAUGGAACUUUUCGAUCUCGUGGAGGAGGUGAAUGAAAAUUUCUACACACUCAUGAACAUCAAUCAAACGGCGACGCUGGCCGAAAUUAAGCGUGCGUUCCGAACGCUUUCGGUGGUACUCCACCCGGACAAGAAUGAUGCGGAAGAUGCAAACAUUCGGUUUCGCAAUCUUGUUUCGGUUUACGAGAUUUUAAAGGACCCGGGAAAGCGAGAAAAAUAUGAUAAAGUGCUGAAGGAAGGUAUGCCCAACUGGAAAUCUGCACUUUACUACUACCGCCAUGUGCGAAAAAUGGGAAUGGUCGAGAGUGCCACAAUUCUGUUUGUUGUUAUCACCGUGAUGCAGUAUUUUGUAGCCUGGGCAGCAUAUAUUGAGAAAAAAUAUACAGCGGAACAAAUUGUGGGCAGCAAGCUUAAGAAGCUAAACAAGAAAAAACAGACAAACGUACAAUUGGAAGAGCUAAUAAAUGAAAUACCACUGCCCAGCAUUAAGAACACAUUACCCUGCCAGAUUCCCAUGUGGGUUUGGAACACAGUGACCGGUACACCGGCAGCCAUCCGAAUGAUGUUCGAGCUUUAUUCGCAGCAGAAGAAACAGAAAGAGGAGGAACUUCAACGGGAGAAGGAAGAGAUCGAACUGCAAGCAACGUUCGAAGAGCAACGGGCACGAGAAAAAGAAAAUCGCAUCCUGCGUAAACGAUCGAAAAAAAUGGUAGUCCCGGAGAAAACGGAUGAAGAGCUGGCCGCGUACGGUCAGCGCAUUAUGAAACCUGCACGCGACGGUGAUGCGGACAAGAACACGCACACUCCUUUACCACAAUCUGGAGGCCUCUGGACGGAGGACGACCUGACGGAGCUGGUCCGGCUGGUGAAGAAAUAUCCUGGCGGUACCAGUAAUCGCUGGGAAAUAAUAGCGGAAAUGAUGCAGCGAAGCGUAGAAGAAAUCACUUACAUGGCCGCAAAGAUGAAGGAUUGCGGGUAUCGGCUACCGCAUCAGUCGGAAGGAACAAAUUCGUCCGAAUCAGGGCAAGCGUUUUCGACUGGUGUGACCGGUUCGGCAAAGGUGAAAACGAAAACGCGCGACACCGGCACGAACGAAACAGCGACCAGCAACUGGACACAGCAACAGCAGCAAGCACUCGAGGUUGCUAUUCAAAAAUAUCCGAAAUCGGCUAACUAUGACCGGUGGCAGAAGAUUGCUAAUAGUGUGCCGGGAAAAUCGAAGGAGGAGUGCGUAGCGCGUUACAAAUAUCUAGUGGAGCUGGUGAAGAAGCAAAAGAGUGCCAAUCCAGUUGAUGACACGUCGCAGGACGUGAAAACUUCGGACGAACCUGCACCGAAGGAAGAUUUAAAAUCGACAAAUGAAGAUAACGUCGCGCCAUCGGUAGGUGAAGACGUGGUGGAGGACGAUAAUGUUACAUCGCUACCGGUAGUUGGUGGAAAGAGCCAGGCUAAGAGUAAACGACGGGAGCGUAAGAAAGCGAAAGCUUAUUACAGUUACUCGGAUGAUUCGGAUAUGUCCUACGAAGCUGAAGAAAUAUAAACGCUUGCCGCCCGUUAUGAAACGUG